AAUAAGUUCACUCAUAUUUACUUUGUGAGUUAGUUGCCUUUUAACUCUCGUCACGAGCAGGCCGGCCUCGGAUGAAGUAUAAAUAUAACAAAUAAUUAUUGUAAAGAAAAGUAAUCGUACAGAGAAAUAUUAUAAAUAAAAUGAAUCAAUAGUCGGGUUUUUUAAACACUUUUCCCGACUCUAAAAUGCCGUGUUUUAUUUUUCUAUGGUUUUACAGUCCGCUUUAUACAUUUGGUCCACGUCGAGACCGGAUAACGCCAGCAUAGUAAAAAUAUACCGGUAAAAGUGCUCCCCUUGUUAUAAUGUGUUGUGUCCGUAAACCCUCUUUUUGGUGCGGUGCCGUGUCGUGUUGUACAGAAAGCAAAGUACAGAAAACAACAAAAAAAAAUUAUUAUCAUAAACAAGCAUGCUGGUUCUUGUCGCCUCGCCAAACGUCGCGCGCCGUCGCGACGGGGUCUUAUACAUACCCAUGCAAAAAUUAGACCAAAACAAAAAACACGCAACAACACGGCAACAGCAAGCCUGUGCAACAGUUACGCAGCUGCCUAUGUGCACGUAAAUAUGUACAUAGCAGCCACAAACUAAAAUGAAGAGGAGAGAAAAUUCUCCGCGCAAUGCGAUAGCGUCACUUUAGUUUCAACCACCGGACAGUGAAGUUGACAAGUAGAUAAGUAGAAGUGAAAUCCAAAAUUAAAACAAAAUCUCAAAAUUAAAACAGUUUCAAAAGAAAGUUUAAUUAAAAUUGAAAAAAGUACAGAAAUUUCAAAAAAAAAUAAAAAGUACAGAUAUUUCGAAAAAGAAGUACAGAAAUUUAAAAGAAAAAGAAAAUUUGGUACAGAAAUGUUCACGAAUAGAGCGCGCUGUGCAGCCAAUGCCAUCAAGACCACCAAGGCCCUUGUGGAGUCAGAUGAAUUUGGGGAGUUAUCAUACCUCCAUGCCAAAUUGCGUUUGACCGCAUUGGAAGCAGAUUGGGCCAAGUUUCAAGCUCUAACCGACGACACGCUAGAUGUGGUUAGCAAGAGAGACUUGCCAAAGGUCUUACAAGAAUAUGAAACCACGAGAGUGGAUUACUUUCUGGCCAAUGCAGCACUCCAAGAAAAAGUAGCAGCCACAUGCCCGCAUACCGAGAGCCAGCCGAGUACAGGUGACGAUAGCCGUCAGAUCCAAAUACAGGUCAAUAUGCCGUUCCAACAGCAGGAUGUUACUAAUACAUGGGGUCAGUUCGACGGAGCUUAUACCAAAUGGAUAGGCUUCCGUGAUAUGUUCGAGGCAGCAGUGCACAACAAUGAGAAGAUCUCGCCUGCCUUCAAGUUCUCGUACUUAAAGAAAGCUCUUGUUGGCGAUGCCGCAGCCACUCUCGGUGAAUGGCAACUAACCGAGGAGAACUAUAAUGAUGCUUGGGAACGGCUAAAUAGCGUGUACGAUAAAAAAUAUCUCAUUGGGCGCGACCACCUGCGCCAACUAUUGGAUCUGCCAGAGCUGCGCAAUCGUCCCUCCGCAUGCGCCCUACAAGCCAUGGCUAACGGCACUCAUGAGGUUAUGAGACAACUAAAGGCGUUGGGUCACCCAGUCGAGCACUGGGAUUUUUUCGUGAUCCACAUCCUCACCGAAAAACUUGACCCAGAGACAGCACGCCAAUGGGAACUGCAGCGAGAUUCCGACCAUCCCAGGCUGGCGACCAUGCUCGCAUUUAUCGACAAACAGGCAGCAGCAUUGUCGAAUGUCUCAAAUGCCCGUCAGCGGAGUCACGGACAGGGGCACCCGCGGGAAGCCGCUGCUCUCGGUCAGCGACAAAGGCAGAAGCCAAGUAGAGACGAGGUAAGGCCAUGCGAGGUAUGCAAUGAGAGCCACAGGUUAUGGGAGUGCCCCGACUUUAUAGCCCUCUCUUUAAGAGGCAGAACAGAUUACGUUGGAAGACGCGCAAUCUGUGCAAACUGCCUAAAGCAUGGGCAUAAAGAGAAUAAUUGCUUUAUGCGCGGCUGCGUCAGAUGUCUGGGGGCUCCUAAGCACAACAUCUACCUCUGUCCAAAACGAGAGGUAAACAAGCCGGCACUUGCUGUUGUGGCAGAUGACGUUGCCUCCGGAUCGGUAGCCAGGCGACGCACCAAGAAUAAAGCCGAUUGACUGGCAGCUAAGGGCAGACGUCUCAAGCCCUCAUGUACAGGUCGUACAGCGUACAGACGUAGAAUAAAAAAUAAAAACCGAAACAUCAUUAUGAAAAAUCCAUUCCAAAACGCAAUCAAAAUUCGAAGUACAGAUCAUUCAAACCAUGAAGACCAGCAGAAAGACAAAAACAAAACCAGUACAGAACUAGCUCCCACAAUGAUAGGAAAAUCAUCAGGUAGAGCCUCAUUUUCUAACAAGUUGGAUCUUAUCAGCAGCAAAAUAGACCUGCUAUCAAAGAGGGAAGAGAGUCCAGAGCCGCAGCUUUCGCCGUAUAAUAAGAGAAAAUGGUCUAUUGCAAAAGAUGUAUUUCCAAACAAAGUUUCGAAAAUAAAUUAUGAAAAAUA